AUGAGCGGCAAACGGUCGCGUAGUUUCAAGUGUGCAGUACAUCAUCGCGAUCGUGAAGUUUGUUCGGAGAACGAUUUUCAUCUGAUAUUUGAAGAUCCACCAUUAUUCAAGAGAAUGGUACACGUAAUUGCAAUGGAAGUGCUCCCCGAAGAGCGGGAUCGAAAAUAUUAUGCAGACAAUUAUUCAUGCUGUCCGCCUCCAUUAUUUGUGAUAUUAGUUACAUUAGUUGAGCUGGGUUUCUUCACAUACCACACGCUUACAUCGGGCCAGGCGGACCCGGCCGGUCCGGUUCCGAUCGAUUCGAUGUUUAUCUACAGGCCAGACAAACGACACGAAGUUUGGCGGUUCCUAUUCUAUAUGGUUCUACACGCUGGAUGGUUCCAUCUUGGCUUUAACCUAGUCGUUCAACUCCUAGUUGGACUACCAUUGGAGAUGGUACACGGAUCAACUAGGAUAGGAUGCGUAUAUCUAGCGGGUGUGCUCGCAGGGUCGUUAGGUACUAGUGUAUUCGAUCCAGAAGUUUACCUAGUCGGUGCUAGCGGGGGAGUCUACGCUCUGCUAGCGGCUCAUCUAGCGAAUGUCAUGCUAAAUUACCGUAACAUGCAGUAUGGCGUCAUUCGAUUGUUGGCGAUACUCUUGUUUGCAUCCUGCGACGUUGGUUUCGCGAUCUAUUCCCGGUACGCGGUGGAACCGGAGAGUGGUGCACCGUCGGUGUCCUAUGUUGCCCACUUGACCGGGGCACUAGCCGGUCUAACGAUCGGUUUGCUAGUGUUGAAAAAUUUCGAGCAAAAAUUACACGAACAGCUGCUGUGGUGGGUGGCUCUCGGCGUGUACGCGGCGUGUACAAUUUUCGCCGUUGUGUACAACCUGGUGAACACGGUCACAGUGCAGAGGCUAGAGGAGGAAGGCGAACAGGUACUGAAGCAGCAUCUUUUCAAUAAUUUUGGAUUUUAG